AUGACAAAACGACUCUCAACAAGAGUAUCCCUCCGAUGGCCGCCCGAGCCGGCAUUCGAAAACACCGACACGCUCGUCCUCUCCGUCGGAAACUGGUAUGUCGACCUCCGCGUUGACCGCGACACCGGGAAACUCGACUGGGCCAUUGCGGGAGAGCGACUCCAAGACCCGAACUCGAAUGAAGUCCUCUUCACACACGAACUCGACUCCCGAAAUGCCUUUGGCGUCGCGGACUGCGGCACAUUCUCGACACUCCCGAACGGCGACGAUCUGGAGGUUGGGGUCAUGCCGCGUCCUGAUUUGCCGGGCGCGCCCGUGAGUGAAUACGAGGAGGUAUGGAGGGAGCUACCAUUCCCGCGAAUGGAGGGGCGCGAGAACGUGUCCUUUGUUAUGGAGAGCGCGACGGGCGGAACUCUGGGAGAGGGCGAGGAGAAGGAGGUAACUCGGACUUUUAUCGGCGGUAUUUGGGGAACUUACAUCGCUCUUCGACAGAGGCAAGUUCUUGUUCGGCCGGUUGGAGAGACGAAGAUUGUGGUCAGGAGCGGUGGGGAGGUCAGUGCGAGGAGGGAAGACUUUGUUCAUGGUGGGUUCGAGGUGAAGUACUCGCUGGGCUCGGAGGCAGAUAAACUGCCAACGCGCGAGGAUAUACGAUCUCCAUCGUCGGAUGGUGCUCCAGAGAAGUUAGUGGUUUGUGGGCAGGAGUAUAUUGUUCGCUCGUGGGAGCUCUCAGAUGCCGAAUGA